AUGCCGGUCACAGAGGAUGGGCGUGUGGUACAAAGCCAGGGCGUAGUCAAGAAGAAAUCCUCCUCCAUCGGCCACUGCAUUGCCCAGUGUUACAAGAAUGAGGAAUGCACGGGCGUGAACUACCUCCGUGAUCAGGGCAGGUGUGAAAUGCUCCACAGACCUGUCAGUGAAGGUGUGAUGACCAAAGUCAACAUGAGCAUUCACGUGACAAUGCUUCGAGGAACUUCUCCUGGCACCGUGCGCCUGAUGGACGGACACAGUAAACGCGACGGUCGCGUAGAGGUCUUUCUGAACGACACGUGGGGAACGGUCUGUGGCCGAGAGUGGGACGACGAGGACGCCCAAGUGAUCUGCCGUCAGCUGGGGUUCUGUCGGGGACGGGUAAGGUUCGGGGAUUCCUACCCUCCGGGAACCGGGCACAUCCACAGGCAUUCCGUAGCUUGUCAAGGUUCCGAGAACAGUUUCAUGGAGUGUCCCGGUGAACCUGGACAUGGAGGUUGCGAGCGCGGUCAGGAAGCCGGCGUGUUCUGUGCCGCCUGCAAUGUAGACUUGGUUGGCGGAACGUCGUCUUCGGGCCGCCUGGAGGUGUUCAUGAACGAUAGCAUGGGGACGGUAUGCGACGACGGCUGGGACGAUGUGGACGCGAUGGUGGUGUGUCAGGAGCUAGGUUACUGCACCGGUAAAACCAGACCCAUCACGGACUUCGGACAAGGUACGGGACCCAUCCACUUGGACAACGUCGCCUGUACAGGGAUUGAGAAAAGCAUUCUAGACUGUCCGGCAAUCGACGAGUCGCAACACAACUGCCAACACGAUGAAGACGUCGCCGUGGAGUGCAUGUUCGAGUUCCCUUGUCUGCGAUUGGCGGAUGGGAAGCACCAGCGUGAGGGUCGCGUGGAGGUGUUCCAGGACAUCAUUUGGGGGACGAUUUGUGACGACAAGUGGGACGACAAGGACGCUAGAGUGGUCUGUCGUCAACUGGGCUUCUGCGGCGGGAUGGCCAAGACAAAGGGUUUCUUCGGCUCUGGAGGGAACAAUAUCUUCAUGGAUGACGUCCAGUGCACUGGGAACGAACUGAACGUCUUGUCGUGCCCUAGGAGCACUAAACGACACAAUUGCGGUCACUCCGAGGACGCUGGCGUCAUCUGUUCAGAGUGCUAA